GGAUGCAUAUAAUAAAAAAGAUUGUAAAGAGAGAAAAUUACACCUUCACAAGGUCAUGUACUUAUGUCCUUCCCAAUAGUACUAUAUUUGGUUUAGGUGAGGGGUACUUUGGUCAUUUCCAGCAAUAAUUCCCCUGAAAGAAAGAGCUUUAAAAUACCGGGAAAAUUAACUACUCCCCUUUUGAAAGUGUCAGCAAGAAAACCAUAUACCAAAUCCAAGAAAGAGAGCCUUUCAACAACAAUGCCCAACAUAAAGCAAAUAACAUCUUCUCAAUUUCAAAAAAUAACUUUCUUCAUUUCCACCCAAAUUACAAAAUGGCUAAAAAUUCUUGGCUCUCUAUGAUUCUUUAUCUCUUCAUUGUUUUCAUUCUUUCAAUUAUUCCAAAAACUUCUUGUCAACCAAAUUCACCACAAAAUGUUGAGACUUUCUACCCUUUUCCUUUGCCAAAUCUUCUACCUCCUCCUAUUCCACCCGUUCAACGGCCGCGACCGUCUCCUCCUCCGCCACUGCCACCAGGGCCUACACCGCCACCGGACAUUCCUGCCUUGCCGCCUACCGUGUCAACGCCAGAUUCAUCAUCCAAGAAAGCUGUUGGAACAGCUAUUGGUGUGACUGCUGCUAGUACUGUUGUUUUAUCUGCGCUCUUGUUCUUCUUCUUGGUUAGGUACUCGAGGCGUAGGAAGAGGCAACGAGAAGGUGGCGUGAUUGGUGGUGAUCCACGGGGUGGCACUAGUACUAGUGCUAGUGCUGCUAUUCCUGUGGUUACCACCCAAGAUCAAUUCUUGAGAUUUGAAGGAAAUCUUAAAGGAGUGAUUGUUGAUGAAAAUGGAUUGGAUGUGCUUUAUUGGAGGAAGUUAGAAAGUGAAGAACAGAAGAAAGAAAGUUUCAAGAAGAAAAAGGUGUUUGCUAAUGCAUUAAGAGAUGAAGAAGAAGAGAAGAGAAUGAUUAGUCGAGGCGGCGGUGGCCGGAGGAAAUCGGAUCAUCCUAACCAAGAAUUGCCUCUGCUAAGAGGCAAAUCUUCAACAUCUCAAAGUCCUUCUUGGCUAGACUUAGAAAACAGACAACCAAGUCUUUCUGAUGGCAUAGUUUUUAAGGCUAUGGAGAAACAAGAAUCUUCAAGUCAACUCGAAUCACGAGCUCCACCUCCACCUCCAGCUCCUGAAGUUGCUCCUCCUCCUCCACCGCCACCUCCACCAGCGCCAGCAGCACAGCCAUUGCAUGUAACAGCGACUCAAAAGGCGCCUGGUCCUCCACCUCCACCGCCACCAGGAAUAAAGAAAGGCCCUGCACUACCUCCACCACCUAUUAAUCCUAGUGGUUUGCCUUCAUCAUCAAGUGAAGGCACUUCUGGAAGUGGAAAUGAUAAGGUGAAACUGAAACCAUUGCAUUGGGAUAAAUUGAAUGCUAACGUUGAGCAUUCAAUGGUCUGGGACAAACUCGACCGUGGAUCCUUCAAGUUUGAUGGAGAUCUCAUGGAGGCUCUAUUUGGAUGUGUUGCUACAAAUAAAAAGUCUCCAAGAAGAGAAAGUAGAGCUUUAAGUCCAAGCGGAGAUACAUCAGGUCCACCUUCUCAGAUAUUCAUUCUUGAAACCAGGAAGUCACAGAACAUUGCAAUUGUACUCAGGUCCCUUGGUGUUACUCGCAGAGAGAUUAUCGAUGCACUUGUUGAUGGACAAGGUCUAAGUGUUGAUACUCUCGAGAAACUCUGCAGAAUAGCCCCAACAAAAGAAGAAGAAUCAGAAGUUCUUGCAUUUGAAGGAGACCCCACCAGACUAGCUGAUGCUGAAUCUUUCCUCUUCCACAUACUCAAAGCUGUUCCAUCCGCCUUUAUUCGUUUCAACGCUAUGCUUUUUAAAUCAAAUUAUGGCACAGAAAUUCUGCAUCACAAAGAGUAUUUACUAACACUAGAAUUAUCUUGCAAGGAGCUUAGAGCUCAAAGAUUGUUCUUGAAACUUUUGGAAGCCAUUCUGAAAGCAGGGAAUAGAAUGAAUGCCGGAACUUCAAGAGGAAAUGCACAAGCAUUUAAACUUACUGCUCUCAGGAAACUAUCUGAUGUGAAAAGUACGGAUGGUAAGACCACGUUGCUUCACUUUGUUGUGCAAGAAGUAAUCAGGGCAGAGGGAAAACGCUGCGUUCUCAAGCGGAAUCAAAGCUUGAGGCGUAGCAGUAGCCAGACUGCUGGGAGCAGCGCCAUCCCAACAUCAAGGAAUACUACGGAAAAUGACGAGACAGAGAAGGAGUAUAUGAUGCUUGGCUUACCAAUUGUCGGUGGCUUAAGUUCUGAGUUCAGUAAUGUAAAGAAAGCAGCUGCAAUAGACUACGACUCACUCUCUAAGACGUGCUUGAUGUUAGCAGCUCAGAUAUCUGACAUCAGGACGCAUUUGACACAACGCGACAGCAUUAAAGGACUAUUUGGAAAAGAGAUGAAAAGAUUUCUGGAUGCUGCUGACAAAGAAAUAAAAACAGCAAGCGAAGAACAAGAUAGAGUGAUGGAACUUGUAAAGAAAACAACAGAUUAUUAUCAAGCAGGAUCUUCAGAUGAUAAAGGGUGGCAGCCACUUCAACUAUUCGCAAUAGUUAAAGAUUUCCUAGAAAUGGUUGAUAAAGUUUGUGUAGAAAUUACAAGAAACAUGCAGAAAAAGAAACCCCUUGUAGCUGUUACAGGAUCAUCAUCACCUGGAAUGGCAAAUAGUAGAGCUGUCAGAUUCCCAAAAUUGCCGGCUAAUUUCUUGUCAGACAUUUCCAAGAGCAGUUCUUCUUCUGAUUCUAGUGAUGAUUCAUGAAUACCAGACAAGAAAAUCUAUAGGGAUAAAGCGCUGUACAUAGAGAGGAAAGUACAAAGUCUUUUAAGUGUACACAGAUUUGUUUCACUAUUGAUUUCAA